UUUGGCUGUACAACUUCUUUUCUGCAUGGUAUGGGGAGCCCGCAACAUUUUUUGAUCCGUCUUUUCCCAAACAUUUUGCUUCAUUCGUGUGGUUCGUCUCUUGGUGUUCGGAUGUAGAUUUUGCGGCAGUUUCUAGUGUUACCACAAACCGGUUGGAAGUAAUAAAUUCGAAUAGUGAGGAAGCAUUUUCAUUAGUUCUGGUUGCGAUCUAAGGAUUUGACUGUCGUUGAUCACAUCGAUCGUGAAGCUGGUGAUUAUCAGAACAAAAUAAAAAAAGAACAAGAGAUCGCUCAAUCCUUGCUCCUGGUUUUUACCCUCACAAGUACGGUCGUAUUCUAAUACAAAAAGGUCACAACAAAAGCGCCAGCCAAACAAACGGGGAACAACAAAAACAGACGACACUGAUUGGCCCGGUGAUUGCCCUGGGAUGCUGGAGAGAAAGUGAACAAACGAGACGAUCGACGAUCACCGCGGCCGAGUUGGAUGGAGUUGUCUGCUGGUUUCUAUUUAUUGAACCAUACAAUACUGUGAUGUGGAUUUAGUAAAGUAGUUCUUUUAUUCUUCGCUGCUGUCCGCGUGUGGUGCGAAGCUGUAGAAUCGGUGCCGCUCUGCUUGCGGAUGUAACGGAGGAGGAAAUCGCAGCUCGCUCAGUGAGUGGAUUCCGUGUGGGUGUGUUGUUUCAUAUGUUUCAUAUGCUGCGGCGAAGCGAGCGUUCAUGAAUAUUCAAAUCGGCAUAAGUGAAUUAGCAUAAUUACAACGUGGUAAAGUGGUGAAGAGCUUGAGUUCAACCGGUGAGAUCCUGGUGGUUGGUGACAAGGAAAAAAAAUAGUUGCCUAGUAGCGUAUCGAGAGUAGAAUCUCGGUCAAGUAGUAGUUGUUCUACCGAAGUUUUUCAAGUCUUGGCGCGACCGGUUUUUGGGCUUGUGGCAUUGAUAGCGCAAAACCAGUGCCAAGCAAUUGGAACAAACGCAUUGUUGGUGGGACGGUUUUCUUUUGUUUUCGCUGGUGAAUAAGAGCUUUUGAAAUUUCCAGAAGUGCUGUGUGUUGGGUGAAACGGAUUGGUGUGAACAAACCGGGCGCUGACAGUAAGACGCCGAGAACCUGCCCUGCCACAGUCAUCAAAUAAGCAGCAAAUCGAACAAAACAAAACAAAGCCAUCUUCCGUGCGAAAGUCAUUCGAGCAUCCCAGCAGCUCAGCACUUCCUGAUUGUGCGACGGACCUUCUGCAUCGUGCCGUCCUUCUUCGGUGACCGCCUCGAUCCAAGACCGGUUCAUAGUGGAGCAGAAACUGAAGAGCGGUAAAAUGGCCAGUACCGGCGACAUCUGGCUCCAGUGGUUUUCCUGCUGCUUCCAACAGCCGCAGAGCCCUCGGCGGCGCCGACACCACCAGCGGCUGCGGAUAGAUCGAUCCAUGAUUGGCAAUCCAACCAAUUUCGUGCAUACAGGCCACAUCGGAUCCAACGACGUCGAGCUCUCGACGAACCAUCUUUCGGCGAUACAAAACCAGAUGCAGAGUAAGGGUGGCUACGAAAUGAACUCGCUAAGACUGCAGGCCUGCUGAUAGGCACUGUCCGUUAAUUUAUUUCUAGUUUGUAAGUCGAUAUUAAUAUUAAAACUUACUGUAAAGAUGUACCACAACCGCGGAAAAAAAUAUAUACAAUUUUAGCACAAACAAAUAUUAAAUAUAGGUAACAACAGUUAAUUACGUUUAGGUGGUGAGAAAAUAAAAAUUAGGCCCCAAUGGCCCUCGGAUUUUAAUUGGUCCAACUGAAUGUAGAAUGAUUUGGAAUUAGGAACUAGUAAGCGAUCAUUUAUCUCAAGACAAUAUGAAACUUUUCUAGCAGAACCGCUACCUUAGGCGUUUUCAGAAUGAGAGACGAUUGGAUUCGAAUUGUACGAGAAUCAGUGUGCGUUUGUACAAGUUACUGGUAGAAUAAAUUGUGGUGCUUCACUAACAAAUGAUGAUUAACGAAUUAAAUCAAUGAUGGCAACAAUAAAGAUAUUGACUAUAUGCAUAGGAAUUGUUUGUAUAUUGUUGUACAUAGUUCCUAAGAUAAGUGACACAUUAACCACUGUGCUAGAUCGAAGGUUCCAGCGGAUUUAUUCUGUGGAAUUAUAAUAAUAAUGAUAGUAUACUGCCUUCCUAAACCGUACAUUUUUUUAUCAUCAGUGAACUAGAUUUAUAUUAAACGCCUUAUAUUUUGGUAGAAGCGAUACAAUAAGAAAAAUAAGCAAUCCAAGGCAGAUAAUAUUAAUUCAGUAGGAGGUUUCUAAUUAUGUAACAAUGAGAUGCGAUCGCAAACGCAGAGAUUAAUCGUUUAAUAAACUACUUUUAACACGUACUGUUUUUAUUAU